GGGAUCUACUUUUUUUGUCCAGUCUAAUUAAGCUGUUAGACUCGAAAUCUGAGUGCAAGGGAGGGAACUUACGCAGUGCCGAUAAAAUCUUAGUCUAGUCGUACGCUAUCUUCGUACACCUCUAGCCCGGGCAGUGGGCAUACCCAUUUCUGUACGGAGUAUGUACCCAUUUCUAAACCCAGAACAAUUCAUUCAUCAUUGUGUUAUACGAAUCCUUUGAUUCUGUUAAUUGUGAGAGAACACUAUCUAUUCGAGUAUUCUUUGCUUUAUUCUUCUUCCCACCACAUAUCUAUCUAGCUUUCAAGAACUAGCUAUAGGACGACUAGGACGGCGAAGACAGAUAGGACAACUACGACGACUACGACGACCAAACUCGACUCCUUCACUCAGUAUUGCCUCCUUGGAUUUUACUUGGAAUUCGGUUUGAAGUUAUUGACAAAGUCAUCAAGAUCCAAUAUCUUCUUCGUCUUUCCUCCCUCCCCCUUCCCCCUCCCCUUCUCUACAGUGUACAUACCCACCCGCCUACCCACCUAUCCACCUCCCUGCCUACCUACCUAGUAGCUAGAUACUUCCAAACACCAACCUGACGAGGAUCUAUAAAUUACGAAUAAUCCCUAGCCUAAACUCCAUAAGCGAAAAGUGGCGAUUGCGACCAAAAAGUGCCUAAGUUCGAUUUGGAGGGCUGUGCUCGAGGGACAAACUAGAGAGAGAGAGAGAGUGUGAGAGUUAGUUUGCGUGCGUGAGCGAGUUGAGUGAGAAAGUAAAGAGUAAAGAAAGAAAUAUUGAUUGGAGAUACAACUUUAUCUUAUUACUUACUUACAUACUCACUUCACUUCAUUUACGUUUCACUCAUUUUUUUUUCCUUCAAUAAAUCCUUCCUCUUUAUUAUUCGACGACGCAUUGUUAUCCCGAGCAUUCCUCGGACGAUACCACACCCAAGACUACUCUUUCGAGCAUAGAAUCAGCCACAAUUUACACAGAGAUACAUACUGAUAGAGAGAGAGGAAGAGGAAGCGGACGAGCGAAGAGAAGAGAAGAGAAGAUUGGCUGUGACGGUUGAAGAUUGAAGACUGAAGACUGAAGAUUGACGAUUGACGAUUGAAGGAGUGUCGAUCCUUUCAAUACAUAUCACACAAACAUAUAUACAUCCCACACCAUACAGUGCCUCGACAUUCGACACUCGACAUUCAAUUAUUGUUUUCCUUUUCCGACAACAUCAACAGCACCAUCCCCACCAACAAUUGAUAUCAACAUGGCUGAUCGAAAUGGACCCAAUGGGGAAUAUGAUGAAGCAUGGGCAAAAGAUUUAAGACAACAAUUUGAAGGGCUAUUGAGGACGAAAAGAUUAAAUGAGUUGGAUAAAUCGAGGUCGAGAAAUGCAUCGCCAUCACCAAGAGAGAGAUCAUCAUCAUCCAAUUUACGAGCAACUUCUUCACAACAUCCACAACAUCCACAACAUCCACAACAUCCACAACAACAACAACAACAACCUUCAAACUUUCGUCCAACCUCUUCAUCAAAUAACGCAAUCCCUCCCACGCCUCCUUCAUAUUCGUCGGUAAGAAAUUUACCAAAGAUCCCAUCGCCACCGGCAGAUGUACAGUCCCAAAAGUUUCGAAAUCUAUUAAUUUCCAUCUCGCAAACUCCGACGAAAUAUGAAAACCCAGGGUUAUUGGAUGAAGCUCUGCAACACUUACCACUAGACAGGAUAUAUGGAGAGGCAGAAGAGGAAAGUCAAAUCUUGCAAGCGGAGGCCGAAAGUAUGGGAGAUGGAAGGAAACCAGAAUGGGGUUAUCAAGAUUGUGUCAUUAGAGCUUUAUUGAGAUGGUUUAAACGUUCAUUCUUUUCAUGGGUCAACAAUCCGCCAUGUCAAGUAUGCAUGUCACCUACAGUAGCCCAAGGCAUGACACCACCUACACCCGACGAAUCAGCAUGCGGAGCAACAAAAGUUGAAUUGUAUCGUUGUUCGGCAGGGGAUUGCAGAGCAUACGAAAGAUUUCCGCGAUAUAGUGACGUGUGGCAAUUAUUACAAACGCGCAAAGGAAGAGUAGGAGAAUGGGCGAAUUGUUUCAGUAUGCUGUGUCGCGCUGUAGGAGGUCGUGUACGAUGGGUCUGGAAUGUCGAGGAUCACGUUUGGACAGAGGUUUAUUCGGAUACAAAAAAGAGAUGGAUCCACGUCGAUGCUUGUGAAGAAGCGUGGGAUAAUCCGAGGUUAUAUGCUGAGGGUUGGGGUAAGAAAAUGUCGUACUGUAUUGCCUUUUCGACGGAUGGUGCGACAGAUGUUACCAGAAGAUAUGUUCGAAAAUCGGAUCAUGCUCUCGCAAGAAACAAGUGCCCGGAGGAAGUGAUGCUAUACAUCCAAAACGAAAUUCGAGGUCUCCGAAGAUCAAAUAUGAAUAAGGACGAGAGGUUUCGUUUAGAAAAGGAAGAUGCGAGGGAAGAUAAGGAAUUGAGAGGUUAUGUUGUGGCAUCCAUUGCACAAUCUGUUGUAUCGGGAUUGAGACCAGAUGGUUCUUCAAAUCAACACAUGGCAACUCCACCACCUCCACCUCAGAGACAGGAAGAUCAGAAAUUACCAGCUGAGCAACCUGGUAGACAAAGCGGUGCUCAAGAAUGGGCUAAUGCUAGAGGUGAAGCUGCAAGAAGAAACCAGCAUCCAAGAGAUCCUUCACAGCAUGGACCUUGAAUUUAAUUCAACAAACUGGAAUUCAUUCUUUAUACACAACAGCAUAAUCGACUCAUGGAUUCGAGGACUGGACCACUGGUAACCUUCCAUGAAGGUCAUGGCGCAGAUGCCAUAGCACCGACGAAAAUGAUCGAGCCGCGGAUUUAUCGCAUUGACGCCAAUCAAUCAUCACUCUCGAGGCAAGAAACCAACAAACACGAAUUGAUAUCGCCGUCUUGUUAUGCAACAUUGUUCAAUUCUAAUAUACGCUCAGAAUUACCAUUUCACCCAUCUUUCGUGGUGAUCUGGAAGCCAUUUAUAUUACCGGCUUGUACGCUAUUUAUUUGAUAUUCUAUCAUUUUGCGAGGAGUUUUGGAACCUUAAACACUAUGCAAUAUACACACAUACAUACAUAAUUUUAUUUGUUCAUGGGGAAGGGGAAGGGAAUGGGACGGAGGAUAAGCUGUGGGUGAUUUGGAUACUCUUGGACGAGAAACCAAAUUCGGAUGCACCCGUCAUUCAGCUGGCGUUUUUUUGUUUCUUUGAAUUGAGGGAGUGAAGGAAGUAGCAUGAUGCACAUCACCACUUUUCUAUGUUAUUUACAGUCAUUAUUGUGGGACGAAUCUAGGGAAGAUUGAAUUGGAUGGAUUGGGUGAAAGGGCUAAGAAUGGGAUUGGAUUGGGAUAUGGAAUGGUAGAUACCCUGGAUGGGGAAUGGAUAUAGGAAUGGGGUGGGGAGAUGAAGAUAUAUUACUAGAACUCUGUCAGGAUAUAUGAAUAUGGGAUAGCAUAGUGUGAGACAGGAUGAGUGAAUGAAUGAAUAAAUAAAAGCAUGUUGGCUUUUUGAACAUUAUCUAUAAAGUUUGAUUACUUGUGUUGUAUCUUGUGAAGUGAAUGGAUGUAUGUGUGUA